CUCAUUGGGCGUUUUCACCCACCAAGCAAGUAGGACAAACUUUUCCCGACUGAUUUCGUCUCAAUUCCGAGCAGUUGUCUCAUGAUCGUUCCCUCACAGAAUUAUAAGUUCAUUUUGGCAAUACUUCAUCGUGGGAAAGUUCAGAUGGUUUUUAAUUAGUUGGAAACAGUGAUUUGGAGAAAAAUCUUGGGUUUUUUGGGGGGAGGCUUGCUGCGCCCAGCAUUGGGCCCCUGAGAGGCUUCGUCAUGGCGCAUCGCAACUUGGUGUGUUUGUGCCUGGCACUCGCAACAUUUCAAUUCAAGUUUGCUGAGGGACAGCUUGGACUCGCCAGUCAGACUGUGACCUCCUUCAGUUACACCUUGACAUGGCCGAAUCCUGUUUCUGUGAGUGAGAUCGUUGUCACACGGAUAGACACUAACACUCAGACUGAUGACUCGCCGUUUGCUGUGGGCCCAGACCCCAUCAGGGAUUUCACCGUCUACCAUUUGUAUCCCAGCACAAACUACAGUAUCAGGGUGAUGAACACUUCAGCAUAUUCAGCAGUGUUCACUCGACAGACAUUGGGUACCGCAAAUAGAAUCUCACUGGCUGCAACAAACACCCCUGGUAUGAUGGCCAUUAGCGUACCCAACUUUUCAUUGCCGCCUGGUAGCACAGCUUCCAUGGUUCAGCUGGCGGACCCUAUCAACAACAGAUUUCCUGUGCAGGAAAGCAAAGAUGUAGCCGGAGUCGAGGUCGUCACAUUUAGCAGUCUGACACCAGGCACCCUCUACCAAUAUGAGCUACGUAUUCAGCCUUCAAGUGGACAGUACAUUGUUGACAGCAUAGCACAGAUUCGCAAUGCUCCGCGUCCACCCGGCUCAUUUAGCUUCUCCAAUCGACAGGUGUCCAGCAUCACCAUAACUGUCACUCCCUCGACACAACCAAACCGUGUUGACUACUACAAAGUCACUUACAUGGAGCGUAGCAACCAAUCCAGUGCUAGUGCUCGAACGGCGGGGAAUGCUGUCACAUUGAUCGGUCUGAAUCCCAACAGCCCUUAUGACGUUACUGUGACAUCUGUGGCUGGCUUGGGUAGUGACCUGGAGGAAAGCUCUUCAAUCUCCAAAGCGUUUACUCUAACCUCCUUGGAAGUCGAUGCUCGGCGGGCAACCUUUCUAAGCUUGACUUGGGCUAGUCUUGGCGAUGAUAUCACUGAGUACAUAAUGGAGUACAGUCCCAAUGGGGCCUCCCCAUUGUCCCCUAUCACUGGUAUUACCAACCGACAGGUUUUUCUGGGGCUGUUGACCCCUGGCACAGAGUAUACAUUUGAAUUAUAUGCCGCCUCUGGUGGAGUACAAGGAGAUUUGAUCACUUCUCAAGUAGUGCAGACAUUGCCAGAGGCAGUCACAAGCUUUGACAUUACAACAAACGAGACAACCAUCAGCCUAUCCUGGGCUCCACCUGCAGGGCGAGCAGACGCCUUCAAUAUCUCAUACACCCCAGGGGGUACUGAGGAACAAACUAUCAGUGAAAGACAGUUCACCAUCAUGUGCUUGGAGCCUGGCACCCAGUACCAAAUCCGUGUCGUCAGCCUUCAAGGUGGCUUUCGAAACUUAGAUUCUGACACCGAGGUUCAAACUGUUACAACAGUUGCUGGUGAGUCAGGAGCUAUCAACAUCAAAGACAUUGGAUCCAUGUCGGUCACCUUCACUUGGAACCCUGUAAAUGGUGCCCAGACCUACACUGUCACCCUGUCGCGGAGUGGUGUGACUGAGGAAACUAGAAAUAUAGCCUCCUCUGCACCUCGAUCUCUGACUUUGCCCAUCCAGAGCGGUACUUUGAACUACACGAUCCAAGUGUCAGCAGCUGGGACAAAUAUCAUGACGUCACAGAUGUUUACAUCACCCCCUAAUCUCCCAGGAACUUUGACCACUAUCUAUACGGCUUCUAAGGACUUCGCCUUUAGAUGGGGCUCAUCACCUGGAGCAUCUGAUUAUAUGAUCACCUACUAUGAAACAGGAACCAGUAGCGUCAGGUCAGUUGAGGUGUCCAGCUCAAUCACUCAAUAUGAAGUUACUGGUCUCACUCCUCAAACCUCAUACUCCGUGGAGGUGAGGGCACUCCUGAAGACCGCCAGUGAUGAGUGCAUCACAGUACAAAGCGAGCCUCGAUCAGCUGCGUUCACCACAGUGGCUGCUCGAUUGCAGGUUGUGAGUUUCACCGAAAACUCCAUCACAGUCACCGGGUUUGUUGUUGGACAGAGUCUGGACUAUGCACCAUCAGGGAGUGUCUUUGUGACCAACAGCACUAACCAAGUGAUUUCUGGGCUGACGCCUGGAGUUGUGUAUACAAUCCGCCUUGUCAGUGGGCCGUCUGUGUUGGACCUCAUCAGACAACAGACUGUUCCUGCAAGGCCCAGCAUCGUCAGCGUCACUAGUGGCUUCCCUCCAGAGACGGAGCUAGUUGUGGUCGUUGAUACGCAGGGUAGCGAUUAUGAUAACAUCGAACUCGUCUACUCACCUGGUGAUGGCUACAAGGCCUCUCCGGUCGUCCAGAGUGGCCAAAGAUUUGUACUAGAUGGCUUGACGCCAGGUCUGAGUUACAGGAUCGAAGUGACCACCAUAAGCGGAGAUCUUCGCAGCGCUACCGUCACUAGCACAGGAAGCACAAAUGCUGGUGAGCAAGGCCGUAUUUACCCUCAUCUUGUGGAAAAAACCUCCAUCGCAGUCAAAUUUGGAGCCGUGGAGUCCUCUUCAGAAUACAGGCUGACUCUUAGACGGGGAUCUUUAACUAGACCGGUAACCUUGACACCGGUGGAGCGUUAUCACCAGUUCACUGGCUUGGAGCCUGGCUCUUUUUACGACAUCACUCUAACAACCCCAAAUAGAAUCCCGCAAGUCACUACGAUGGCUCAGAUAAGAACUUUGGUGGAUGUGCCAGCUUCAUUGGACGUGAUGACAAGCGCUCCACGUUCUAUCACUGUCACAUGGACCAGUGCUUCUGGUUUCGUCAGCCUGUAUGAGCUCAGUAUACGGAAGACCACAGAGACCGUUCCUGUGCUGGCAGGUACAGUGGCGGCUGCUGACCCAAACACAUUCACCUUUGAGUACCUGGAGCCAGACACAGACUACUUCAUGUCUGUCACAUCGGUUGUCAAGCAAUCGGACGGUGUCUUCCGAAGCAGAGAGUCAGUGAGCCGGACAGCACAAACUGUGACGUCAGCACUGCGUCUAGUCUCUCGAUCUCAGAACACCCUGAUGUUAGCGUGGGACGCUGUGCAGAAUGCAGACUCCUACGCCGUUGUCUUCUCCCCAGAGGAUGGAAACCAGCAGUCUCCAAGCAUUGUUGAAGGUUUCCUGUCACUUGCUCUGGAGAAUCUCAAAGCCGGUUUCAGAUACGACAUCCGUGUGGACGCUAACAUCUCAUCCACCAUCUUGUCCAUUGGCUCGCUCACUGCCUGGACAGUCCCACCUCCCCCUGCCUCACUGACUGUGGAGGAAGUCAUCAGCGUCCACAUUAUAAUCAGCUGGGAGCCACCAAAUGAACCUGGUGACUUUCAAGGCUAUCUCAUUACCGCUACCCCGCGAGACGGCUCCGAAAGUCAGAUGAUCCGCAAGGGGCGGUACGAGAGGAGACGGGCAACCUUUUACAUUACCGCCCAAACUACCUACGACCUGGCAGUGUCCACCACCACGGGCACAGCAACUCACGUCUUCCUCAGUGAGCCUGCGAUUGCCAACGCCACUACAGGGAACAGUUUUGUCGGGGAAAUCAUCAACCAUAGGUCAACAACGUCCACCAUCACCAUUUACUGGACACCAGCUGCCGAUUCAACAACCAGAUACCGACUGUCAGUGACAGAUGCAACAUCAGCAAAUCAGCGUGACAUAACUGUGACUGGUAAUGAGUACACCUUCACUGGGCUCCCACCUGGUGUUGUCCACACAAUUACCUUAGAUGUUGAGGGAGUUGUGAAUUCGCAGCAACAGACCGUCAUGGUUAGAACAGCCCCCCUGAGUCCUGCCUUCAUCGAUACCCAGCUGGUCACAGCAACCUCCAUCGUUAUCACAUGGAUUGUGCCCACUGACAUCUCCUCUUUCCAAUCCUACCUGAUUAACUGGUUCCCGGCAAGCCAUCGUGGGAAUCGUCCACCUGUAACCGUCACCAGUGGGCCAGCUGUCAGAAAUUAUAUCAUCAACAACCUCAAGCCUGACACAUCCUAUGAAAUCUCACUGCAGACGGUGUCUGGAGAUGCCAACAACUGUGAAUCCCGGAGUGAAAAAGUCUUACUCCUGGAGAAGACAGGCUCUUUGAUACCUCUGGAGUUUAUCUACACCCAACUGUCGGACACCUUCAUCGAUGUGGAGUUUGGCAAAGUCACCACUACAGAUGUCACCACCUACCGCCUUAGACUUUCUCAAGGCAACCAAGAGCGUCUCACCAAUAUCGAUGGGGAAGCAGUCGGGCGACGCAGAAUUGACAGUCUGAUACCUGGAACAUCAUAUAGCCUGGUAUUGGAGUCGCCACAGUUGCCUGGCCAGCAACGAACUCUCAUCUUCACCACAGCUCCCAGCCAGCCCAAUGUCAUCCUCGAAGAGGUCACUCAGAUCUCUGCCAACAUCUCCUGGGCCGAGCCGGAGGGGAACUUUGAUGGUUUCUCUGUCAACUACUCCCCGGCCGAUGGCCUGACACCGUCCACCACAACAAUACUCCGGGGACAGCCAACACAAUAUAGAAUUGAUGGUCUAGAGCCUGGCAAGGCCUACGCCAUCACCAUCACCACAUUCAUCGGUGGAAUGGAGGCAGAGCCUGUAGUAAUCUCAUUCACCACCUUGGAAGCUGGUGCACAGGAGAUCGUUGUCAGACGGUAUUCCAACACUACAGUUGAGGUAUACUGGGGAGAUGGGUCUUCACUGGUGACCAACUUCCGGGGUUACGAUGUAACCAUUAGUCCGUCCACCAGUGGUGUGUCGAAGACUGUCGAUGGCAACUCUCGCCAAGCAUCAUUUACCAACCUUCAGCCAGGACAGCUAUACGAGAUCAAGGUUACCGUUGAUGGAGAUAAUGACACCCAGUACACUACUGAACAGAGAACCAAACCCAACCCUCCGAGCAGUUUGACGGUCAGCCUCUCAGGCGUCACUCCAGUGGCUCUGCCCAUCACAUGGGAGGCGGGCGAUGCCACCUCCUCCUACGUCAUCACCUACGAGAGGCAGGGCUCCAGACAGGAGGAGCAGGCAGGCAGGGUCAACCCAGAUGCCCGGUCGUUCCUCAUCUCUGGCCUAGACCCACUCACCAGCUACGAUAUCCGGGUGUUUGCGUCCGCUGGUGCCGGCAGUAAUCUGGAGUUCAGUGAACCAGCGACUGCAUCAGGAAUGACAACUUCCAUUCCUCCCAACACCAUUUUGAUCCGUUCGUUGACUGACCGCAACGUGACGUUCAUCUGGCUGGGUAAUAACGCCGCAGCAACCUACCGUAUUGUCAGGACACUGGUCUCAACAGGCACUGAGCAGCGCAUUGAGGAUAUUGUCAACCAGGAGUUCACAUUGGACAACCUGGAUCCAGCUACCGUCUACCGAAUCGCCGUCACUCCGCUCACCUCUGGAGGGGAUCCCCUGGCAUCUUUCAGCACACAAGUCCGAACAGACCCAUCCGCAGUUCCGGGGAUUUCUUUUGGUAAUAGCGGAGACUUCCAGAUUCUCGUCCAGUGGACCAAUCCUGUUGGAUACUUUGAUCGUUUUGAGGUGUCUUAUGUCAAUAUGGAGGGUGUGACUAUCUUUGCUGGAAAGCUGCCACCUGGCCCAACCAACCAACUCUUGUUGGAUGAUCUCCCAGCAAUGACAAACGUUGAUGUCAUUGUGGAAACAGUGAUUGAAGCUGCUGGCACUUUCCCGGAACAGAAGAGCGUUCCCACCACUGCAACUGGAUUCACUGGUAACCUUGCCACGCUGGUCCUCUACCCUUUCCGGCACACUUCAACAUCCCUAGGGUUUGCUUGGCUUCCUGUCGACUUUGGUGAUGCUCAGUUCAAGGUUUAUCUGACCUACAUCUGGGAAACACCCCCGAGGCCUACAGCUUACCACGAGAUCAUCUUUGAUGAUCUGAACACGCCAGUCUUCUACAAAGCAUUUGACACUGUGACUUCAGUGACAACCACGCCGUCCGUUCCUUUGCAGCCUGGACAGCCUUACUACAUCAGGAUUGAUGCCAACACAGUUGCUGAUGGACAAUUUGAAGGGCGAUUUAAAACCAGAUCUGAACCAGUGAGGAACCUCCAGACGCUAAACAAGGGCAUCAACUUUGUGACUUUUGGCUGGCUUCCUCCACUCAACCAGAACUUUGAGUACUAUGAAGUGGAGUACUACCCCCCAGAUGGCCAACAGGAGGAAAAGUUCCAAGUCCCCAAGGAUGUCACUUCAGCAACGGUGGAGGGCCUCACCCCAGAUAAACUCUACAAAUUUAUUGUGACCACAGUAACAACAACUCUGUACAUCUUGCCAAGUGCACCGAUGGACAUCUGUGAACGGACAACCACGUCGCCUGGUGCCCUUGUCAUCAAGAACGUAACCACCACUACAAUCAGAGUCACUUGGGGCAUCCUGUCUAAUGCCAUGGAGCCUUACCUUCUCCGCGUUGACACCAGCCCGCCGACAGAUGCAGCAGUCAACAACACCAUUCGCUUCUACACAAUCAGGGGCUUAACCCCCGGCCAGAGAUACACGAUCUCUCUCAUCUACAGCAUCGCCGGGUCUAGUCAACAGAGCAGCAUCGUCCAGAGAACACUACCACUAAGUAUUCCUGCAGUGACGGUAAAUGCCACCACAGCUCUGACGGCAGAUAUAACCUGGUCUGGUUUCCAGGGUGAUCCCAUCUUUGAUCGAUACAGGAUAUCAUACAGAACAGUAGGUGGUCCUGAAAUUACGGCAGGAUUUGUAGAGAAGAGCCAACCUCUUCGGUUCACUGUGAGGAGACUGGAGCCGGAGACUAACUACACGUUCUACGUAGUCUCUGUGAGUGGACCUGAAGGUGAAGAGACAUACAGCAGUCCACAAAGUGCCACUGGACGAACAGCUCAACUUGCCCCAGCAGAACUUGCUGUUCAAGACGUGAGUACCACCACCAUCACCAUCUUCUGGGGGGAUGCCUCUGGCCUGGAUGGCUUUGUACAACACACUGUUACCAUCGCGCCCAGUGAAGGAGUCCCAACAAUUGAUCUUAACAAUCGAGAGGCCACGUUCUCAGGCCUGACCCCGGGAAGAGAGUACACCAUUCGUGUAGUGGCGGUCGGGGUACAAGACGUGUCUGGAGAAGUCACCGAUCGAACCUUCCCAAACCCACCGGUGAAUCCAAACACUCCCUCACUGUCAGGUUCCGUCACACCUGUGUCUCUGUCCGUACGAUGGACCGCACCAAGUGGAGAUGUUACAGGCUAUAGGGUCUCGUACUUUGCUGAGGGCACCGUGAAGCUCAUGUCCGAUAUAAUCAGCACGACGAACUUUGACCUCACUGAGUUGUAUCCCAACACCAGUUACACCAUUGAGGUUGUAGCAGUGAGUGGGGUGGGCAACUCGGAACGCGUCAGCGAACCAGCGUCUUACACCCAGUCAACCUCGUCGGUACCAACCGGCCAGCUGUUGGUGCGAAGACUGACCUCAACAUCUGCAGACUUAGUCUGGGCCCCUGUCGGCUCCUCAGAAUAUACGGCAUCCAUAACAGGCUCUAAUCUAGAGAUAUUUGGGGCUGGGGCUGUGGAACCGGUCAACUAUGAAUUCACAAACCUGCAACCGUCCCGGAUCUAUGAAGUUCUGAUUAACGCCAUCAGCCCAUUUGUAAUGUUCAGCGAAGACAUUCGCACAAAUCCUGACUCACCAGGGGUCAUCACGGUGAGUGAAGUCACCCCAACGUCCUUCAGGAUCACGUGGCAGCCUGCCAGCGGUCUUCUGAAUGGAUACAACAUUGAGGUCUUCGGCCCGGGCAACCCAACGUUCCCGCAGAUGGUCGGUCCCAACACCACCUCCGCUGACUUCUCACUGCUGAUGCCUCUAUCAGAGUACCGUGUGGUGGUCAAGUCUAGGCUGGACUCUAGGAACACCGGUGUCGGUUUCUUCCCCACCCAGUUUGGGGAUACAGCUUCUGAGAGAGUUGUAGAAACAGCUGAUAUUGGAUUAAGCGAGAUCUUUGUCAGCAGCUACACCACCAGCGAGAUCACGGUGGUCUGGCGAGAGAACCUGGCCGCCGACAACAACAUCUACCAGAUCUACAUCUACAGGACAGGGGCCGGACGGGAUGUUCUACAGGCACAGGCGGUGAACCCCAACCAGCUCUUUAUCACCAGACGUUUCCAGGGGUUGACCCCCGGUGAACUGUACACCGUUGAGGUGGUGGUCACUUCCUCACUGACCCUAGCAACCUCCCAGCGCACCCGUGCAGCCCAGCCAGGGAUACCUUUCAGAUUGUCCAGUUCUUCGACCACCCUGGAGGUCGGCUGGCAACCGUCCAACGGAGUGGUGAACUUCUACCUCCUGGACUACCAGCCGGAGGACGGUAGCUCCAGCAACCCGAUUACCGUGAUGGCCAGCCAGACCCCACGCUUCAUCCUGCGCAAGCUGCUCCCCGGCUCCAUGUACACCGUGUCCGUUCGGGCAGUGGCUGGGGAAGGAAUAGAUCGGACCACCAGUGUCCCCCGCUCAGGCACCAUGUCCACAAAUGCUGCCGCUGCAGCUGAGGUCAUUUUCCGGGAAAUCACGGCCACCACUGUGGAGUUUACCUGGGGGGAAGUCACUGGAGCCUUCCAAAAUUAUGUUUAUCAACUUGCACCUUCGUCUGGAACCAACGUCGGUGUGGUUGCACCAGAUGCAGUGCGCAUUGGUAGCUUCAGCAGCCUGCGGCCUGGAAGUCUUUACAAUGUCACCGUCACAGCCGGCGCUCUGUCCAGUACAAACACCUUCCGCACCUUGCCAGCUUCACCUGUUGGACUGUUUGCCGUCAGUUCUACCACAACCUCCAUCUCAAUUAGCUGGAAUGAGCCCUCUGUGGUCUCAGACUUUGAUUCCUACAUUAUCACCUACAACAUCGGCGAUGGGCCUGUCCUCAAUGAAAUCUUUGUCACAAGAAGUGUGGACAACUAUCAACUAGAGGACCUGUUCCCGGCCACUUCAUACAACAUUAAAGUGGCCACAAGCUCCGGAACCGGUCUACUGAGAACAGUUAGUGAACCGGAUACCUUGACAGCCAACACCACUUCCCCAAAUCCAGGAGUUCUUGUCAUCCUGUCUGUGGACAGAACCUCUAUCCGAGCUUCCUGGGGUGCGGCAGACAACGUACCAGGCUUCACUGGCUACUCCGUCUCCAUCGAUUCACCCAGCGCCACUAGGGUCAUUAACAACAUUCAGCGACUAGUGGUCUUCUCAAACCUUGUGGCUGGGGAACUCUAUAACAUCAGCGUGGUUGUGCUGACUAACACAGGCAUUAUGACAUCAAUGGUGCAGAGGACAGUUCCCAAUCCACCGUUGUCUGUCUCUGCUGUGUCAUCGGAUGCCGUAUCAGUCACCCUCCUGUGGACCGCGGCGACCGGUAUCUUCAGCGGUUACCGGGUGUCUUACAAGAGGAUGGGCUCCUUGGUACCCAUCACAGCUGGCUCCACUCCCAAGAUGGUCACACAGUUGAAGGUGACUGGUCUCCUACCAUCCACAACCUAUGAUUUUGAUGUGGUCACAGUGUCAGGAACUGGGGACUUGCAAGAAAUCAGUGCACCUGUUAAUGUCACUGCAUCAACUGCAACGGUGAAUGUUGGGACAAUCCUAGUCCGAUCCCUGACUUCGACCAGUGUCUCCCUUGUGUGGGGUCGGAUUACUGGCACGGCUCCGGACUAUCAACUGAGCCUUUUCCUUAGAAGUAGUGGUGCCCUGGUCAACUCUCUUCAGAACCUGGCGAUUGAAGAGGCCAUGUUUGGCUCCCUGUCACCAGCCACGAUAUACCGUGUGGACCUGGUCUACUCAGGCACUCAACAACCUACAUCCAGUCUUCAUAUUCGAACAAACCCAGCCAACCCCUCAGGAAUAAGUCCCAUCGCUGUGACAACCACAUCCAUCGAAGUCUCCUGGAAUGCCCCGGGAGGCUCUAGUGACUUCAGCUUCUACGAGGUAUACAUCACCAACGAGCAAGGGGAAGAGUCACUGGCUGGCCGCAUCAACCGAGACGAGGAUCGACGCUACCGCUUUGAGAUGCUGAAACCAGACUCGGACUAUGAGAUUGAAGUGGUGGCCGUCCUGCAGUCCAGUGCAGACCCCGUGUUUGCGCAACAGCGGAAUGACGACAGAGUCGCAAGAACCUUCCACACUAACCCUGUUCCGAGUGGGCAGAUCAUUAUUCAGAAUGUGAACACCACUUCCAUGGACAUUCUGUGGGCCGAGGUUCCGAAUGACGGUGUUAGCGGUUAUUUCGUCUUUCUCUGGCCAGCUAGUGAAUCCAGACCAAUAUUCACCGACAUCUUCAUCCCUCGAAACACCGCACAGUCCACCGCCUCCUACCUGGCCACUGGUCUUGUCCCCGGCAGACUGUACGAUAUCCGUAUCGAGAUCACGCCUGGCAAUAUCGUCGACCCAAGCGUUCUUACCGGGCAGCAGCGCACACGGCCGAGUCCCCCGGAAUCUCUCACCCGGGUUACUGGCACCUCCACCUCCCUGGAAGUGACCUGGCACCGUGGCUCUGGUCCCGGAGACGUGGACCUCUUCCUGGUAUCCUACUUCCCCGACAAUGGGAUCACCCUCUCACCCCUGGUGGUGAGAGUGGGCAGCCCCCUGCAGGUCAAGUUUGAAAACUUGUUGCCAGCCAGUGACUACUUGGUGACCGUGGAGGCAGUGUCCGGUGGUGCAGACAACAGUGAGAGAAGUACUGACUUGUCUGCAACUUUCACCACAGCCAGUGCCAACCCUGCUGAAGUCAUCAUCCGGGGUGUUCAGGAGAACAGCAUUGAGUUUACCUGGGGGGAGGUGACGGGCGACUACACCGAAUACACCUUACAGAUCAGCGAGGAUGCUGCCUCGCAGGUCGCCAACCCAGGCCGACCUGCGAUACGAACCUUCAGUGGCCUCAUUCCCGGCAAGGAAUACACCAUCCUGGUCUCCACCAAUAACAACAAUUUGCCCACUGGGAGCAAGGUUGUCAGGACAAAACCAACGCGUCCAGCCUCCAUCCACUCUGUCAACCCUCAACUGACCUCCAUUGAGUUCUCCUUCACUCGACCUCCUGAUUACCAGAAUCAAUCGGUCGUCUUCGAUCUCUACAAGCUGACCAUUACUGAGAUGGGCGGGCUCCCCUCAGACCCAGUCUUCCUACCCUCAGACACAACUAUGUAUACUUUCCGCAACCUCCUGCCAGACAGGAUGUAUACGCUGUCAGUUGCAGUCGUGUCAGGAACUGGUGAUAUCUCUCAGACGAGUGACUCCCGCACCCAAGGAGCCAGCACGGUGUCACCAGCAGCCGGUCAGAUAGUGUGUCUGGAGGUGACCAGAACGUCCAUCCUGAUCACUUGGGGAGAUGGUAGCACCCUUUCAGGUUUCAUUGGCUAUGCUGCCUCCAUCUAUCCCACCGGUACCCUGCCUGACAUGAUUGACGGUAUUGCACGCACUGCCCGGUUCAGCGGCCUGGUACCUGGCCAACAGUACGACAUCACAGUGCGCAUUGAUGCAACCCAAGACGUCGAGAUGACCAAAUGUCAACGGACAAUUCCCAACCGUCCAGGCAACAUAUUCAUUUCGUCUGUCUUCACACCAACGUCAAUUCGACUGUUCUACCCUCUACCGACUGGCGUCUUUGGUGCCUUCAAUGUCUACUACACCGAGGUGGGUCGCCAGAUUCGCCAACUGGGGGCGACAGUCAACCAAAACUCAGCUGUGGCCACUCUGAAUGGCUUGCAGCCAAGCACACAGUACCUGCUUGAAGUGGAGACCGUGUCAGGUUCCAAGGACUGUCGGUCAACCAGUGAACCAUCAUCCAUCCAGUACACCACCGGUGCAGCCCAGACAGGAGUGCUGUACUUCAUGGAAGUGACCUCCACGACACUCCGAGUGCUCUGGGUCAGUGACUCCGACAUGACUGUCCUCAAUAUUGCCAGCGACGACCCUCCCUUCCAGCGGCAGGUAUUUGUCGGCGGCGCCACCACGUACCUGAUUGAGAACUUGACACCCACGACCGUCUACACCGUCACAGCGACUGGGAGUAGUGGAAGCUUCAACGGAUCAGCCAAAACUAAUCCACCAGAUCCAGGAGCUAUUACCAUGCUUACCCCAGGUCCAACAACAAUUGCCCUCGUCUGGGCUCCCGCAGUCGGUGGUGACCUCAACUUCUACCGAGUUCGGUAUUACGAUCCAACAGGUAGAGAGUUUGUAGCCAGCCCCUUACUGGACUACACAGAAACUGAGUUCACCAUUGACGGCCUGUUCCCUGACACCUGUUACGUGGUCAGCAUCCAAGCUCUAGCGCACAAUCUUGCCGGAGACGGUUUCUGUGCAAGUGACAACCCGUGCAUCCGAACGACCCAAACAACUUCUGUGCCGGACAACCAGGUCAUUAUUCAAGACUACACGGCAACUACCAUCGCCAUCGUCUGGAAGCACAUCACGGGCAACAACUUCUACCUUCUCUAUGUCUACCUGGAUGGCGAAGCCAGACCUACCACGGCAACUCAGAUUGUGCCUAUUGCUAGCAUCACACGAGAAGAUCUCUUCUACUUCACAUUUGAGGGCCUGAUGCCGGGCCGGCUGUACAACGUUGACGUCGGCUACGGGUCAGACUUCCUCAGUACUCGGCGACGAACAAUUCCAUUACCAGCAAGUGGACUCAGGCUGUUGGCGCCACCCACAUCUACUACCCUACGACUAACCUGGGAUGAACCCACAGGCGGGGAGUUCGCCUACUACGAGAUCUUCUACCUGCCCAACGACGGCACCCCAGCAUCACCGUCCCUGAUUGGUCGCAUGGACGCGCGGGAUGUCACCGUCUCCAACCUGCUGCCCGAGACAGCCUAUGCCUUCAGGGUCGUUAGUCUGACUGAGACGCCACUAAGGACAGCAAGUGCAAGAGAGAGGGCGACAUUCUCAACCAUGCCCGCGGAGCCGGCAGAAGUCAUUGUGAGGAAUCUGACAACCACCAGCCUGCAGGUGACCUGGGGUGAGGUGGAAGGAACCACUGACCCGUAUCAGGUGGCCUUGACGUCCAGCGUAGGUUCGCCGAUCACUCGCACCGUGGCGCGAAACCAGCCCAGACUUCAGGAUUUUAACGGCCUCUACCCCGGUCGCAAGUACACCAUAUCGGUGGCGGUAGCCUCAGUGACAGGCUCAAUCGCAAUCAGAACAAAACCUCUGCGGCCCAGUUUAUUGACUCGAAUCAGUGAAACAGCGACCAGCAUCACUGUCAACGUUGACGAUCCCAGCGGCCUGACCGAGUUCACUUCCUUCAGGGUCUGGUACAGUCUAGACGAUGGGCCCAGGGUCCUGGCCACGGAGAUCGGCAUGCUUGAAGGCAAUGCCACAGUGGAGGGAUUGUUCCCCAACACCACUUACCGCAUUGCCGCUCAGACAGUGUCUAAUGGCGAGGGCUGCGAGUCCAGUAGUGACUUCACUGAAAUCUCUGCCUCCACAGGCCUUGCCAACCCAGCCGAGGUCAUCAUCCUCUCCUACUCGCGCAAUGAAAUUGAAAUCACCUGGGGCGGUGGCGACCACCUCCCUGGAUACCUUGACACAUCCUUGGGGAUCCUCCCUGAUCCCGGUAUCCCACCGACUGUCGAUGGAGUCAGACGGCGAGCUGUUUUCGGUGGGCUUAUCCCAGGAGAGGAAUACAACAUAACAGUCAGGCUGAUUGCUGAUUCCGACCGAGUGGGCUUUGCUGUGCAGAGAACAAUGCCCCUGCCAGCCAUCAACUUGCGAGUAACUGCCACAUCUCCAGCAUCAGUGGCCCUCCAGUGGGCUUCAGGGGGCGGUAUCCUAACCUCUUAUGACAUCACCGUGACCUCCUUCGAUGCUGGACCACCUGUCAAUCGACCCACAAUCAGCCUGGGCUCAGGUGCCACUUCCUACACAAUCACCGGACUGGAUCCAGGCCGGAAUUACACAUUCAGGCUGGUGGUGGUGGCAGGAGAUCAGAGGAGUCCACCCAUUGCUGUGUCUGGGGUGACAGGUACUCUGAUGGAAAGGGAAGUGUUUGUCCAGAGUGUCUCUGAGAACAGCGUCGUCGUCAUCUGGGGAGCUGUAUCUGGUGCCUCCUUGUACACAAUCACCAUCAACGCUCCGGGAAUUCCAACCAUCAAUGACAAUGUACUGGAGGCAGAGUUCUCCCCGCUCCAACCAGCCAGAGUCUACACCAUCACCAUUGUGCCCCUCAUCAACUUUGUCGCGGGAACAUCGUUUGGGGCAGCCGUCAGAACAAACCCAAGUUCUCCAGGUGCCAUCAGCCUGGUAGGAAGCACCCCAACCUCCCUCACCAUCUCCUGGGUGCCUGCUCCGGCCGACUCCUUCGAUUACUACCGAGUCUCCAUCACAGACCCCACCGGCAACGAGAUGCUUGCCGAACCCGUCUUGCCAACAGAGCCUACCCAGCAGGCCUUCACUGGCCUGGACCCGGAGACCGACUACACCGUGUCGGUGGGCACUGUCCUGCUGGCCGACAGCUCGCAGAACUUUGACAUGCAGGACGGUAGCACCACACAGAGGCAAACCUACACAACAGAUGCGAUUGCUAACAACAUGAUCAUCUGUCGAGACGUGACCACCAACUCCAUCACCUUACUCUGGAAUGAGGUUCCCGGUGCCACCUCCUAUCGGGUCUACCUCGACCCUCAAGUCGGCUCCAACCCUAGGCUGGUCACAGCGUCCGCAGGCAACACCCCUACCCUGGUACUCAGUGGGCUCUACCCUGGACGAGCGUACUUGUUCACAGUUCAAGUCCGGCCCGACAACUUGGUUGCCGAUUUUCAGAAGAAUGGACGAACAUUGCCCCUGGCCCCCCAAGCCCUGACCCUCAGUUCGCGUACAGCGACCAGCAUCGGCGUCUCUUGGCAGGCUAGGGCCAGCGAGGUGGACCUGUACGAGGUAACCUACUCCCCAGCAGACGGCACCCCACGGCCGCCCAUCACCAUCGAGGCUACUUCCCCUCUAGAGCUCCGUGUGGAGAACCUUCUCCCAAACACUUCCUACUCCUUCUCAGUCAAGAGUAUCUCCGGUCGGGAUAACCUCAUCACGGAAAGCAUUCCUCUUACAAACACCUUCGGCACAGACACCCUGAAUCCUGGUGUGAUCAUCUGUCUGGACUUUAACAACACCUCCCUGACCGUCAGCUGGGGAGCCGUUAGUGGCUCUUUCAUGAACUACGCCCUUCGGAUCCGCCCUGGUUCUUUGCCUGAUGUGGUUGUUCCCCGAGAAAAUGAACGUGUGGUAACCUUCAACAACCUCAUUCCCGGCACAGAGUACACCAUUACCCUGAUAGUGGAACAGAACGAGCAAAGUACCCUGGUUAAGAGAACAAGGCCCUUGCCCCCUGCCAACCUGACCGUCAGCACCCCACAGGCCACACCGACAUCAGUCACCGUGAUGUGGGACAUGCCCUUGAGCCAGCUGGACCUGUUUGAGAUUGAGUACAGUCGGGAGAGCGGGCCCCGGACCAGCCUGGGGUUCGUGGAGGCCGACGUCAACGCCUACACUGUGGAGAAUCUACUGCCAGGCACCACCUACAACGUGUUUGUGACCACCGUAGCCGGGAGGGGUUCAACAGCUGUGGAGAGCGAAGCGGCUACAGUCCAAGCAAGCACAAUUGCAUUACUCCCCCUGGAAAUUGGCAUUCUUGAUUUCACCACCACCACCAUCUCCAUCGCCUGGGGUGCGGUGACAGACCCCAAUGCCCUGUACGGGGCGUCGGUCCAGCCCCAAGGCUCAGUAGACAGAUUGAGUCAAAGCCAGCGCACAGCCACACUGACCGGUCUGACCCCUGGCACCGAAUACACCAUCACUGUCCUGGUAGUCACUGGGAACCAAACGUCAACCAUACAACAGCGCACACGUCCCAACUCUGCCAGCAAUGUGCGGGUCAAGCCCAACAGUGAAGUCACCCCUGUCUCCUUGAUCAUUGAGUGGCAGCCAGCCGUUGGAUUAGUCAGUGGCUAUGAUGUGUCUUACAGAGUCCAAGGAAGACAGGUUGAGAGCUUUGCAGGGUCCACCGACAGUAACACCCGGGAGCUGAGGGUGACUGGUCUAGACUCUGGAGUCACCUAUGACUUCAUUGUGAGGUCUACAGUGGGGGUAGGGGCGACUAAAGUGCUGGGCGAGCCAGCCAGUGGAGCCGGGUCUACAGUUCCAAUCGGUGAAAACGAAAUCUUCAUCGUGGAAGUCACAGAGACUUCCAUCAAGAUCCGUUGGGGUGAGACGGUCAACCCGAGUCUCCUAUCCUACCUGGUGGCCAUCAAACUACCUGACGUAUCUGGCAAUCUCCAACAGGAGCAGUACAAUCCCAAUGACCAGCUGGAGCACACCUUCACGGGGCUGACGUCUGGAACCCGGUAUGAAGUGUCCAAUCAGCCCAUCUUGUCUGCUGGCAGUGGAACAAGAAAUGCUAUUCUACAGUUCACAAAGCCUGAGAGUCCUCAAGUUAUCUCUGUCAUGAACAACACCUUGUCAGUAGUCAUCAGCGGUCAGCCUCCCAACGGUGGCUACGAACGGUUUGAAAUAGCCUACCGGGAUUCGGACAAUGUCCGCACCCUGGUCGACGAAGUGGGAAUGGUUAACAACUACGAGAUAACUGGCCUCGACCCAUUCUCCACUUAUGUGGUGGAGCUGGCAACGAUUGUUGGGACAGGGGCUGAUAGACUGGUCAGUUUGCCAGAUCAGAUAACGGUCACAACAGACUCCAUUCCUCCGAGUGAUAUCCUGGUCAGCGAUGUCCAGACCACCUCGCUGGAGCUCCUGUGGGCAGCCACGCCCGGCCAAAACGUCGAGCGAUACCGUGUCUCCACCGUCAACUCCAAUGGUGACAAGGUCUUUGUCUCCAGUGUACUCCCUGGGGAGUCUAGCUCUGUCCGCUUCAGACUGACCGGCUUGACCCCUGGGAGACAGUACAGCAUCGUUGUAGACACAGAACCAGGACCAGAGGAACGACGUGUUGUCCAACGCACAAAGCCCCAGACACCAGGCCCGGUCACAAUAGUCUCAGGAGACACAACCGCCAAUAGCCUCCAUGUCACCUGGCAACCUGCUUCGUUUGACCUAACAUCCUACAGGGUUAGCGUCACUGCCCCUACUGGUGUGGAAACUGAUAAAGGAACGGUACCGGCCAAUGUACAGGAGUUCAUCGUGGAUGGUUUGUCGCCAAACACAGCGUACACUGUGUCUGUCCGAUCUGUGAGCGGGACCGGCCCCACAGCAACAGUCAGUGAUCCGGCCAGCGUCACAGGAAAUACAACGGCUGUGAGAUUCAGCAAUGUUAUAGCUGACUCGAUGUUCAUCUUUGUCGACUGGGAGGACCCGGUACCCGUCAGUGUCACUGGUUACCGUCUGACCUGGGGUCCUCAAGGAAGCUCAUCAACACAGUCACAGACGUUAUCGGCAAACGCUGAGCGGAUGUACUCCCGUACGAUUGUCGGUUUGGUGCCCGGUACCCUGUAUCGCAUCAGGCUCUACCAAGUCCUACAAGGCAGCACUGAGAUCUUCCAGGAUUCUGUCGUCAUUCGAACGAAUCCUGCCCCUGUCGUGAAUCUGGCCAUCUCGGAAGAGACCACCACCACUUUCAAAGUCACCUGGGACCCUCCUGCUAGUGGACUGUAUGACAACUUUGAGCUGAGCUUCGGCUUGGACACCAGUCCCUACCUUGCAAUCAACACGGCGUCACUCCCCGGAGACACCAGGGAGUACGUGGUGACAGGCCUGAUGUCAGGCACAGGCUAUCGCGUUCGAAUGCGGGCCACACACGAGACUGGAAGCAGCAGUGCUACACAGGCCACCACCACCACAGUGGCAACCGGCCAAGAGGAGCUGUACGUGACAAACGUAGAGACGACACUCGUUGGGGUGGCCUGGGUUCCAAGGGCCGGAGCCACCUCUGCUUCCUACAGCUUGACGUCUACAGAUGGAAUGCGAUCCAAUGAACUUAACUCAGGAGCUGUCUCCCAGCUCAUGCCAGGACAGCAAGUCACGAUAAACCUGCGGUACAGUGGAUUCCAAGUGUCCACUCUCACAACCAACACAGUGCCGCUUCCCACUUGUGAGAUCACACUGGAUCUCAGCACAGCUCAUCGGCUGGACUUCUCCUGGUGCCAGCCGGAGGGCACAAUAUGGGACAGCAUGGAGGUCACCUACAGUCCUUCAGAUGGUACCCUGACUCAAGCCACCCAGUUUGAUGCCAGUCUGACUGGUUUGGAGCCAGCCACGGAGUACACCAUAUCGGUGGUGACAGUGAGUGGAAAUCAGAAGAGUGAACCACGGAUGCUGUCGGCUUUCACAGCUACUGCCCCACCUGGGGAGAUCAUUGUGGAUGACUUCACCGCCACCACUAUCACGAUCACUUGGGGAGCCAGUCCCAUUGGCACGGGUUAUUUCAUCAGCGCAGUGCCUGUCCAAGGUGGCCAGCUGCGGGUGCUGUCGGUCCCCAUUGGAGGCAACCCCACGGCCAACUUCACCAACCUCACCCCUGGGACAUUGUACAGGAUCCUGCUCCAGAUAACCGGCACCACCAUGCCGAACACGGCGGUCCAACAAUACACCAGGCCUAAUGCACCACCGAGCCUCAUGGAGGUCAGCACCACUCAAACCCUGAUCACCUUUGAGUGGGGCUCGGCCUCGGGGGCCUUCGACAGAUACCAGGUGUACUUCUUCACUGGCUCCAGCCCCGAAGAGCUGUUUGAGACCCUGCCGCGGACCGACAUCCGCUCAAUGAUUGACGAGCUGACACCCGGCACUGACUACACUGUCCGUGUCUACACAGUUGUUGGAGACGGAGUGAGAAGUCAGCCUGCUCAGCGAGUCAUCAGGACAGACAAUGAGAUCCUCCAGUUUACCAGGUUGAACAAUCGUAACGUCCAAGUUGGCUGGCCUAACUACAACCCUGGCAGUAACUUUGACCGUUAUGAAGUCACCCACACUCCGCCUGAUGGCAGUCAAGGGCCAGUUGUAGGGAAGAGUGUUCAACUGAAUGACCUUACCCCUGGACGGAAGUAUGUGGUCCGACUGUACGUGGUUUCAAGCAACUCCGUCAACAGGCAGCUUGUCGCUUCUGCUACUUACAUACUGGCUCCUGCGGCCCCAACUAUACGGGAGCAGAUCGUCUCACCCAGCAAAAUUGUCCUCAACUUGUCACCGUUUUCCCCAGGCGUCUUUAACGACCUCGCUGCUACUCUGACACCUGUUACUUCCGGAGCGGGUGCAGGAAAUUCACAGCCUGUGAUGAUAACUCUGGGGCCUGAUGCCUGCCCGCAGGUGGUAAUAACUGGUCUGGAACCUGGCUGUAUCUAUGACAUUACCAUUGUUCUCAGGUCAGGGCGCUUGACUUCAUCACAGGCAGUCACUAGAACCAUCACAACCUCUAUUCUCAACCUGAGUCAAGUAUACGUGGAUGAGGUCACAGAGACAUCUAUCCGUAUCCUGUGGGGAGAGUUUAUUGGGGAUUUCACCAACUAUGCCAUCUUGGCCUACGAUCCAUCCAACACCCUGGUGUUCAACCAGAAUGUCCCCAAAAGCACCUCGUCGUUGGUGAUUGGGCCGAGUCUGGUUCCGGCCACUGAGUACACAAUCACAGUGCAGCCUGUAGGAGGCAGUCUGGCUAGCAGAACCUUGAACCAGUACACCAAACCUCAGGCGCCCGAUGGACUGUACUUUUUGGGCCGUGGAGAAGACAGUACCAGUGUGACCCUAGGCUGGGGCGAGGUCAACCCUCCCCAUCAGUAUCUGAUCUGCUAUGUACCAGAUGGCUUGCCUGCCACUGAGGUCAACGGGGAGAACUCUGCGCAGCUGAUGUCUUUGAAUCCGUCCACUGAAUACACAAUCAGUGUUUCCACCUAUGCCGGGGUUAAUGACAGCCGUGUGCAGAGCAACAAAGUCACACGAUUCCUGCGUCUGGGUGAUGGGCUGCCAGGUGAAAUCAACGUCACCGAAGUGACCGCUACCAGCAUCUCUGUCAGCUGGACCAUGGCAGAGGUGCCAGUAUCCUACCGGGUUGAGAUAAGCCAACCGUCGGCGGUAAACCCUCUACAGACCAAUACUAUUGGUCCCAGUGGCCCGUUUGCGUAUAACUUCCAAGGUCUGUCUCCUGGUGUCGAGUAUCGCAUCAUGGUUUUCUUCGUUGGAACGGAUCCUCUUGUCACCAGGUCCAUCACACAGCGCACAAAGCCCAACCAGCCAGGUACUGUAUCCGUCGUCGGUGUGGACUCCCUGUCCAUCCAAAUCUCCUGGCAGCCAGCAAGUGGCACCUUCAACGUCUACCGCAUCUACGUCCGGGAGGAAGGCACACCCGGUGCCACGCCACAGCUGGCCGGCGUGGUGCCCCGCACCCAGACCCAGUUCACUGUGGAAGACCUACAGCCGGCGACCAGCUACGUCAUCGGCGUGACUACAGAGAGUGGCAUGGUAGGCAGUCUGUCUGAGAGCGACCCGCGAGAAAUCACAAGAGCCACGAGUGACAUUGGCGAGUGUGAUAUACUCACUGUGUCCGUCACAACUGUCACUCUCUCGGUGGAGUGGGGUAUCUGUCAGGGCGCAUCCAUUUACUAUCUUGACAUCUUGCCAAGUCCUGCUGGUUUCACACAGCAACAGUUCCUCAGUACACAGCCUCGUGAAUACACCUUCACUGGCCUGGUACCAGCUAACAAGUAUACUGCCCUACUGCGCAUUGCUUUUGACGGGGAACCAGUCGGCACAACAACUGCCUACACUGUUCCUUCACAACCUGCACUAACUGUGUCUCCCAACCCAACUUCCUUGGAUCUGACCUGGAGUUCCCAACCCCACCUUGUUUCGGACAUCUACCUGGCCGGGCCUGGCGAGGAAAUGCCCAGACUGGUCCAGCGACUGCAACCUGACCCAGAUAUCACUGGUACCCGUCAGUUCACCAUCCCUGACCUCCUACCUGCAACACAGUACAGAGUCAGAGUGACUAACACUGCUGGAUCUGGUGAGACAACGGUUACCAGUGAGCCAAGAGAACAGAAUGUUACCACAGAUAUCUUGGGAGUAGCAUCGCUGGCUGUUCAGUCCUGCACAGCAACGGGAGUGACCCUGGUCUGGUCCCAACCUACCACGGAUGACUUCAGUGGAUACAUCAUUAGGAUCAGUCCAGCCCCGGGACUUCCCCAGCAAGACGUGCAGUUUGUACCCAAAUCCAACCUGAAUGUCACCAUCACCAACCUUUUACCGGGGGCGAUGUACAUGUUUAACCUAUCCAUAACCACGACUGGCAACCAGGACGUGCAGCUGGAUUCAGUGACAAAAACCACCAAAUUGCUCCCUCCAACUCAACUGCGAUCUGGAGUCAUCACGACGUCCUCGGUUGCUCUCACAUGGAAUGUGCCUGUCCUUGGAGACCCAGAAGCUUUCUUCCUGUCUUACUUCCCCUCCAUCAUCUCCCUACCCAUCAUCCUGGAGCCAGACAGCACAUCCUACACGGUGACUGAGCUGAACCCAGACACCGAGUACACCUUCCAGCUGACCUCACACUCUACCUUGGCUGGGGAAAGUGAACCAGCUCGGGUGACCGCAAGAACAGUCCAAGCCACCGUGGGAGAAAUUAUCAUCCUAGACUCCACACCCACCUCUAUCACACUGACCGUUGGUCGGGCUGACCAGUCCACUGCGUUCACCUCCUAUCGAGUGACCGCCACUGAUCAGAAUGGCGUGGAAGCUGCCCGGGCAUCCAUCUACCCAACUGAUCCGGACCUGCGUGUGGAACUGACCGGCCUACAGUCGGCCACGCUGUACGACGUCAGUGUCUUGCUGGUGGGCUCCAACAUACAGAGAUCCACCAGACACUUGACCAGUCCGUAUCCAGUUACUGGUGUGAUUGUGGUUAACCCAACAACCCUAUCUCUGGACGUCAGCUGGACUGCGUCAUCCAGCAACAUCACCUACUAUGAGGUCUACUCCAAGAGGAGGGCCGAUGCACCCAGCAUCUAUCGGGGUAGGAUCCUGCCGAGUGAAAUGCUGCCCUUCACAGUCAGUGGCCUCAACCCGGGCACUGCCUAUCUCAUUGACGUUGUUGCUGUCGCCAGCAUCGAUGGUAUCACAGAGAAAAGUGAGCCAGUCCAGGGAACGGGAAGUACCACUGCCCUAGCUCCGGAACAGUUGUCCUUCCGUAACAUUGAGGAGACAUCCGUGGAGGUCCUGUGGGGAGAAACUAGCGACCCCAAUGCCGAGCGAUACUCCGUCAUCUUGAAUCCUGGAGAUGACAAUAACAUCAGGGCUGCUCAGAGGCUUGUUGGUGAGGAACCAGUGCUGCUGUUUACCAACCUCAUCCCUGGUACUUUGUACAACGUCACCCUUCAAGUUGUCAUCACUGGAGCCGAUGAUCGUACAACUGAAAACAGUUUCAGGACAAAGCCCAGCCCACCGGGCUCCUUGUUCAACCAACCUAAGCCUACUAGCAUCACGCUUAUUUGGUCUGCUCCGGUUGGAAACUACGAUGGUUUCAGGCUCUCUUAUGAGCGGAGUGGCCAGCUUAUCCAGGAGGAACUGCCCAGCUCCAGUCUCGUCUAUGAGGUCAAGUUCCUGUACCCAAGCACACGCUACUUCUUCGAGUUGGUCACCCUGUCUGGCGGUGUGGAGAGUGUUCCCAGUGCCAGCGACUUCACAACAGCUCCUGUUGGCCAGUUAGACAUAGUGGUCCUGACCCUCAGCACAACUCACAUCGAGGUGGUGUGGUCUGCAGUCUCCGGUGCCGAGUCUUACCUGUUGGAUAUCAGCCCAGCCAGUGGAAUGAGUACUGCCAGCACUACUCUGACUAACUACAGGUUUAACGGCUUGGAACCAGGCCAAGAAUACACCAUUAACAUACGUCCUCUCUUCAACAAUGGCAAUAACAACAACAACUUGGCCAAGAAUACGCUUGUCCAAAGAACAUUGCCUGAACGGUCCUGCUUCAACGAAGCUCUCACUCAGGUUGGACCACUACACAUCACAGUCUUCUGGUCUCCGCCCAACGCCGGCCAGUUUUCGGGUUUCCGUCUGUCCUAUGCCACUGCAGGAGUUCAGGUGAUGUCCGAGGAACUGGGACCAACUCUUAGAACCUACAGGCUGGAGCGUCUCAAUCCAUCCACUGAAUAUACUGUCACCCUGGAGACUAUCACCGGGGCCGGAGAUGGCCGAGAGUAUGGUGCACCUUGCCCAAUCAUGGCCAUCACAGCUCCGAUCCCAUCAGCGGAUAUUGUCGUCCGAGACAUAACUACAACCACCAUCACGCUGCUGUGGGGUGCUCCUCCUGGGGGCAUCAGGACCUAUGUCUUGGAAGUCAGCCCCAUCGAUGGCAGCUCUGCUCCCAUGGGCAACGGACCGGCCAACAUAACAAUUCCAGUGACAGAUACAAUACGUACAGUAGGCAGUCUCAUCCCUGGCAAGGAGUACCUGAUUCAGCUCAGCGUACAAUACCAGAACCAAUCCUUCAUUCUCCUCAACAGUAUCACUCAACGGACAGUACCAAUGCCGGCAAGGUUCUUUGCCGCUGCAACAGUCAACACAUUGGACAUUACUCUCACAUGGGUGGCCCCAAGCUCAGGUGAAUUCAACAACUACAUCCUGACCUACAGUGAGCAGGGUACCAAUGAUGCCCCGUCCAUGGAGAUACUAGAUGAGGAUGUCCGCAGUUACCAGCUGGAUGGCCUGCAGCCGGACACGACAUAUGACUUUGAGCUGGCCACCCGCUCGGGAACCGGUGACUCGGCAACAGUGAGUGACGUCGUCACAGCAUCUGUCACCACAAGGAGUAUCCCACCUUUAAAUAUCGAGGUAUCAGCAGUCAAUACAAACAGCAUCUCUUUGAUCUGGGGCCUCUCCACCACACCUGGGGUGGUGCUGUACUCCCUGCGUGUCACCCCAGCUCCAUUACAAGGCAGCAACCCGAUCCUUCUGGGAGCCCAGGAGACCACAGCGACAAUCUCCAAUCUCCUAUCGGCGACCGAGUACACCAUCCAGCUGGCCACCAUCUUCAGUGCCAGUCAAAAUCAGGAGAUGUCCUCCAUCACUCAGAAAACGCGACCGGAACCACCAACGUCCUUGGUAGCCACUGGCAGUACUGCAAUCUCAGUGGAUAUUUCGUGGUCGUCACCCAACGGUGACUUUGACGAGUUUGAGGUUUACUACAAGACUCAGGAUGGCGCCACGCAGUCCUUUACCACAGUGCCAAGGGGCGCAACCAAUCAGCUGACAGUAGACGGUCUGGAUCCCGCAACCCUCUACACCAUAGGGAUAGUCACUGUCAUCGAUCCCAAUACUCCGAAUGAGCUCAAGAGUGUUCCAUCUGAAGUCAAUGCAACCACACUGUCACUUCCGCAAGGCAACGUGACCGUGUUUGAUUUCACCGCCUCCACCAUCUCGGUGGCCUGGGGUGUGGUGACGGACCCUGCAGUGACGCAGUACCGCCUCAUUGCCACGCCUAUCAUUGACGGGGUCGCGGGCACACCCAUCCCGGCUUUCUAUCCUCCCAUCGCCUCCCCGAGACACACUUUCAUGAAUCUGCUCCCUGGAACGCAGUAUCAGAUUCUUCUGACAGUGGUUGGAACUAAUCCAGAGAUUACUGGCCAGGACUCCCAAACCACCCGUCCCGAGACCCCUCAAGUUUUGACACUCACGAAUCCGACACUGACCAGUCUGAGAGCAACUUGGGCCGGUCCAGCGUCCAACUUUGACAACUACGUGGUUCUGGUCUCCCCGCCGGGCUUAACGCCAAUAAUCUUGCCUCCCAACGUCAACACCUUCCUAUUGGAGGAUCUGCUUCCCGGCACGCAAUACACCGUGGAGGUAUUUGCCGCAGUGGGACCUGAGAAACUCAGGAGCAGAGCAGCAACUGCUACCCAGCCAACCGCAUCUCUGAUGCCGCUGCAGGUCCUAGUCAAAGACAGGACCACCUCCACAUUAGACAUCAUCUGGGGUCCGUCCAACAACCCUGACAAUGUCCUGUACCAGAUCCUGGUCAAUGGAGCAGUCAGGAGGUUUGUCAGUGAAGAGGAAAGUACCAUCAACCAGCUAAUUCCUGGUACCCUGUACACGGUGACGGUCAGGACAGUUAGUACACCAGCCGAGGAGGGCACCGUUCAAGCUCGCACAGCACCUGAUAGAAUCCAAGCAUUGUCAGUUGUGAACACCACUGACCUGUCCACCACUGCCACUAGCAUCCCUGUCAUGUGGAUGCCACCUGUCACCGUGGGUGAAUAUGACGGUUUCCUCGUGUCAUACACCUCCCCUGAUGGCACUGUCACUGAGGCGGCCAAGGUGUACGGUGACGUGGACAUGUAUGUGGUGACUGGACUGGCCGUUGCGCAGAAAUACAACAUCUCUGUAAAGACACUGAGUGGAAGGGACACCACUUACGAAACGGAGAGCGUGCCAUUGAGUGUUGCAGAAACUACAGAAAUACUACAAGCGCUCUCUAUUGAGGUGACAGAAGUCACUACCUCGGCCAUCAGGCUUGUAUGGGGACCGCUUGCAGAGAAUCAGCUGCCAUCAGCCACUGGUUACAUCGCUACCAUCCACACGCAGACUGGCAAUCUCAUCCGUAGCGUCAGUAUCCCACGAGGAAAUCCAACCGCAGCUUCGUUUGAAGGUCUCAAUUCCGGUACUCUGUACAACCUUCAAGUCCGUCUUGCUGGUGCAGCCAACGAGUCCGCUGUCACACCACAGUACACUAAACCCCUUGCUCCAGUCAACCUGAUGGUGGAUAGUGUGACAGCUACCACGGCCAGUCUGUCUUGGCUCCCUGCCCAGGGUAAUGUGGAUGACUACAGGAUCGUCUACACUGCUGAGGGGUCACAGGCCGAGGUCAUGACCUCUGUCAGGGCCGACCAGACCAGUGUGACCUUGGAUGACCUGACGCCCGACACCAGGCACACUGUGGUCUUACGGAGUGCGGUUGGUAACCUAGCAGCCACUGAAAAGAGUACAGAGCUUCGAGCGAUGUUUACCACCAGGGCUGCAAGACUGACCGUCCAAUCACUCACCACCACAACAAUCAACGUUCAGUGGACGGCGGAAGUGGGCACUUUUGACCGGUAUCAGCUGUCCUACUCCCCUGUGGAUGGUAACCAGCAGUCGCCCCUGACCUUUGUUCGGGGCAGCGUCCAGCAGACCGCUUUGACCUCUCUGACCCCCGGCCAGCUGUACUCCUUGUAUCUACACACACUGUCUGCUUCUGGCAUCGCCACGCUUUCAGACCAAACACAAAUUGUGACUUAUCCUGAGCCAGUUACAGCAAGCUCACCUGAGCAGACAUCCUCUUCCAUCACCCUAACCUGGGAUGUACCGGCCAGUGGUAAUUACAACGGCUACUACAUACGCUACGCCAGUGAGUCUGGGGAAGUUGGGCGCACACCCAGCCCCUCGAUCGUCUCCCGCAAUGACCCGAGACAGCUGGCACUCCGCGGCCUGAUUCCAAACACAAAUUACGAAGUCAACAUCACCACAUUCAGCCAGUACGGAGACUUGAUCCAAGAAAGCCAGGUUACAACAAGGACAUUCAGGACAGACCCAGCUGAUCAGGGCAGCCUGUACGUCACCCUGGCGGAAACCACGCGCAUCGUCGUAGGAAUAUCACCCGCCACCGGUGCCACAGGUUACACACUCAGGGUCGUGGACUCGCUCAACGCUCUGGUCGCUGACAGAACACUGAGCCCAAACCCUGCACCUUACGCACAAGACAACUUGACCCCUGGUGUGGCCUACACAUUCACCUUGACCACUUUGGGUAUAAGUCCAGCUGUCAGCUCAUCCAUCACUCAGUACACAAAACCAGAAGCAGUGGAUCGUGCUUCAGUGCAGUCAUCUACCACCAUUGAGUCAGUGGUCCUCAGCUGGGAUCCUCUGCUACCUGGAAACUCCUCCUACACUAGUGUGGCUGAUGGUUAUCGCGUUACCUACGAACCAAGAGAUGGCAUCCAAGAGCCAACAAUCGUCACAGAUCCAUCAGCAACCAUCUCAGGACUGCAGCCAAACACUGAGUACACUUUCCAGAUUGUCACCUUCGUGGGACAGGGUGAUACGGAAGAGAGGAGUACCCCGACAACUGUUACCGUGACAACAGAUGACUUUGAUGCUGCAGAAAUCCUCAUAGCAGGUGUCACAGAGCAGUCAGUAACAUUCCAAUGGGGCAGGACCAGGUACUCAUCAGCAACUGGCUAUCUUGUGAGCCUCAGGCUACCCAGUACCUCCACACCCCUGCAGACGACCUUUUUGCCCCUCGGGAGCAACUUGCAAUACACGUUUAAUAGUUUGCAGCCAGGCACUGCUUAUGUCCUCUUUGUGGAGGUGACUGAUGUUAAUGGCUUGGAAAGUCGAAACCGCGCCUUCAGAUCCACUGCUGCUCCGCCAAGGAAUCUCCGGAUUGCUGAGGUCAGCCAGUCCAUCCUAACUGUCUUUUGGCAGGAAGCAGUUGGCUUCGUCAGUGGCUAUCAAGUCUCCCUGUCCCUCUCCAGUGGGCUCGUAAUCAGUCAGUUCACCCAGGGCCCCACUGUGCUGUCCGCAACACUGGAGAACCUCAUGCCAGAGACUGAAUACGUGGUCACUGUUCGGACAUUGGCAGGAUUGGGCCAAGACCAGACCAUUAGCAGCCCAAUGUCUGUGACAAGAACCACAGAGCCGGUUGUGAUCACGGUUGGAGUGCUUCUUGAUACAACCAUCAAUGUCAUGUGGACGCCUUCUACCAACCCCAUCACGCAGUACCAGUUCAUCUACAACCCUGAUGAUGGUGUGCAGGACUCGUCGACCUUCGUCCCUACGUCCGAUAGCCCAUCCAAACGCCUGGAUGGCCUGACCCCCGGGCAGAACUACAGGCUAAUAGUCAACACAGUAAAUGCAGCUGGUACCAUCACGCCAUACGGACGCACGUCUUACCGACUGAAGCCUGUUGACAUUAACGUCAAUGUAGUGAGUGUCAACCCAAAUUCCCAUGGUGCUGAAAUCAGCAUUGAUCUCUCCAACUUCGCCGGCUUAGUUGAUAAGUUCUUCCUGAACGUGGCCAACGCUGCGAGCGGGGCUGGGGCAGGCACACCACUUCAGGUCGAGAUCCUACUGCCCAUGGACGCUUGCCCAGUAAUCAGCCUGACCGGUUUGAUGCCAGGUACCCGCUACAACGUCACACUGCGUACAGGCAGCGGGGACCAGCGGAGCAACGGCAUAUCAUUUGACUUCAUGACGGCGCUUCCUGCAGUUGGGAACAUCUCCUUUGGUGAUGUCACGACAUCUGAGAUUGCCUUGUUCUGGGAGCAUGUUGCUGUUGCUACUCAGUACACCGUGCAGUGGACACCUAAUGAUGGCUCAGCCACAAUACAGCCCACGAUUGGUACCCACGAAUACACCAUACCGAGUUUACACCCCGGCGUGCUGUACACAGUCACACUGAGCUACCAGGGUGGGAGUGAUCAGAAAGAACAAAGAACAAGGCCUCUGAAGUUGGCCAACCCACCUACUGUAACAACCAAGACCGACAGAGAAAUCACAGUCUCCUGGGAGUCUGUCCCUCAAUCAGAAGUCACUGGUUACGAGCUAUGUUACACGGACUCCUCAGGCCAGGCAGGCACGGUCCCCCUUAGUCGCACUGUCACAUCCUAUGGCCUCACUGGUCGCCGGCCGGAUACUCCACAUAUCAUCAGUGUAGCCACUGUUGCGGGGACUGGUGACAAUAGAAUACUGAGUGAGAAACAAACGAUCACAGUCAGAACAGAUGUGGACAUGAGCAUUCCUAACCCCACCAACUUGCGACCUGGAAACAUCAGCGAACAGUCCAUCCAGCUUCUCUGGGAUGCCCCGGACAGGGACAACUUUGACGCCUAUGAGCUGUCGUACAGCCCAAACGACAUUGGUAGCCCAUCCUCGCCCGUCCAUGUCCCCAAGGACUUCAUCAGUGUGACCCUGGACGAUCUCAUUCCCGGACUCAUGUACACCUUCACGUUGCGGACUGUCCGGGGUCCGUCGCAGCUCCGAGAACUCGGCUCUCCAUUGAUUCGUGAUGUUUCAACUGUUGCGGCUGGUUUCAAUUUGCUGACGGGCUCAGUCACGGACACUGUCAUCAGGCUCACCUGGGGCAAUCCUCCAGCGACUGCCGAUACAGUUGAGGUGUCAUACAGCCCGAUGAUGGGUAACACCGCCAACCCAACGAUCAAGGUUGCAUCUGCAUUACGGUACCUGGUUCUGGAGGGUCUGAUGCCAGACACUGAUUAUACCAUUACCAUCACAGCAAAGUUGGGGGAUCAGAUCUUGGGCACAGAUAUGACAGUAAAUCGCACUCGUUUGCCACCUCCCAACAAUCCAACCCUAACCAACAUCAAAGACACAACUGUAGUGGUCUCGUUCACUCCCUAUGAUGGCCGUUUCUGUCUGUGGCUUCGAGUCCCCUCCGUGAACGGAGGAGGCCUGCGGGUCACUCGGAAAGUUUGUGGCGGACGUGACGGCUGUGCCAGGUACCCUAUACAUGAACUGCAACCUAGCACUGUUUACGAAGUGGUCCUUGUGCACAUCCUCGAUGACGGACGGAGUACAGCAGAAGCGAUCACUCGAUAUCAGUCAGCGGCUGCAGUGCCUUUGGGAGUGAGUGUUGUGGACGUCCAGUCAAAUGCGAUUGAGAUAUCAUGGCAUCCUGGUGAGGGUGACUUCACCAACUACCUUGUGACCUAUGAGCCGGUAGGGGCUACCCCAGCCACUACACUGAUCUCCAGGACAGGCCAACGACGAAUCAGGUUUACAGGACUGCAGCCUGGCACCCAACACACUAUCACCUUGGCCCAGCAAGGUGGAUCGCAAACGGUCCAGGAAGUCUACUCCAAGACCACAAGACCUAACACUCCAACUAACCCCAUUGCAUCCGGCAUCACCAAGAACGCCAUGACCUUAACCUGGAAUGAAGUCAGUGGAAGCUUUGAGGGCUACCGAAUCUGCCAUGUCCCCAGAGGUACAGUGCCCACCCCCUUUGACAGUGGUAAGGGCAGGGAGGUUCGACUGACUGGUCUGGAGCCAUCCACCAGGUACUACAUCAAGUUGUACUCCUACGUCGGGGAGUUGGAAAGCUUGCCUGCUACACCUCUAGAGCAAGACACCGCUGAGGCCGAUCCAUGCGACCUUAGGAUUGGGACUUUCGAUGAAACAAGUGUCACCAUCAACUGGUUUACACUUAGCACUGUCACCACAUAUCGACUGAGGCGGACCAGACUUGACGGCUCAGAUGAGGUAGUGUUCCCAGUGGUGGGCAUCACCGAUCCCAACCCGGAGUUCACCUUCCAGGAUCUCAUCCCUGGGGAGGAGUACAUCUUCUACGUCAGCUUGGAUGGAUUGGCAUGCGAGGAACAGUCCAGGAACCAGCGAACAAGACCCAUGCCACCCACAAAUUUCCGUGUGGUCGACGCUCGGUCCGAUUACAUCACAGUAGAGUGGGCACCGCCCCCCAGUAACAUCGUGCACCUGUAUCGAUUGACCUAUGACCCGGCCAUUGGAAUGCCAAUCCCACCCAUUGAGAUUGUGGCCUCUGAACAGCCGCUGCGACGCACCAUUAGCAACCUGCGUUCCAACACUCAGUACACGUUCUCACUGGAAGCCAUCUCGGGGACUGGUACUGGCCAGAUUCGGACAACAAGCACCACCGCGACGUUGAGAAACGUGACCCCGCUGAACCUUCGGGUGAGGUCUUACACCGACACCGAGCUGGUUGUGGAAUGGGAGGCCCUGACCAGCGGUAGCUUUGACCACUACCAGAUCAGCUACAGCCCCUAUGUCUUCCGUCCUGGUACCAUCGUGUCUCCCCGGAGCUUCCCCAAGGACUACACCCCGCGGUCCCUUCGGCUGUAUGGCCUAGACCCAGGACAGGAAUACACCCUCACUCUCCGCACCACCCUGAGGGGUGUGAUCACCUCUGAUGCCCUCAGUGUCACUGUACAGCGACUCAAGCCCAGCAAGGUUUCUGCCAUCCGUUUGUUCAACACAACAACAUCAUCAAUGAGUCUGUAUUGGAAUAACCCAGUGGGGAUUGAGGAUAGCUACGUUGUCACCUUGACUGCAGCAAGCAAUGGCCGACAGACAGGACGAACAAUAAGUGCAGGUAGUGGUCAGCUACAAGCCACAACAAUGUCUGGUUUGGAUCCUGGUGAACUGUACACCGUUGAUGUGGUCACACAAAGUGGACAGGAAACCAGUGAUCGAGAGAGAAUUUACGUUGCUACUCGCCCACUCAUACCACGUAAUGUCCGUGUGGAGCUGAUUGGCUCAGGUACUACCAGUGCCCGUGUCACAUGGCAGGGGCCAGCUGACUUCCGUCAGCCAAUCACAGGCUAUCGUGUUGACCUCAUCCCUGAUGACCCACGCUUUUUCCCAAGGGACUACCCUGCCACCACCUCCAUAAUCAACCUCGGCCCUGGCCUGGUGCCGGGUCGUGUCUACACGGUCCGGGUUUCGACCAUUGUCGAUCCGCCACAGGUUGCCGAAGUUACCAGUGAUGCCUCCCAGGCCAUGUUUGUCACUAGACCCGCAUCACCGUCGUUCCAGCCGCCUGAUAUCGGAGCCACACAGAUCAAGCUGGCUUGGGCCACAUCCCCUGGGGAGGUCACCGAGUAUGUGAUUGACUACACGCCGGUGCCCGUCAAUCCCGUCGCUGACCCGCCCUUGAGAGUUACCCACGACGCCUCCCCUGAACUGUCGAUCACUGGGCUGAGCCCCAGCACGGACUACACAUUCACGAUCAAAGCCAUCAGCCGUCAGGUUGUCUCCACAGAGGCAGGGGCACAGUUUGUCGAAAGAGAAAGCGACGUGGUCACCAGCAUGUAUCGAACACGUGAGUCAAGUUUGCUAUCACAGUAACAACAAGAACAAGUU